AUGGCCAAGAUCGAGCCUUCUGCUACACCUGUUUGCAGCAUAUUUGCCAAGCUCAAACGCCGACAGAAUGUGCCAGACACUAUGCUGGAGCACAUGAAAGCACGUGACGCCUAUCGUACAGUUGACUUACCUGCAGCCGUGCGAGCAGACCAGUGCUGGACGAAGAAAUAUCUCCCUACCAUAUUGCUGUGGGCUGGAAGUUAUAAAGACAUCUGGGUUAUCCCAGACGAUGUUCUUCUCCAUCAUGCUCAGCUUAUUUUCGACGCAGUAUACAAAGAUCUUAAUUUUGUUCUCGUUCACAAUGGUGUGGUACAUUCGCUUACUGCACAGCGCAUCUCAGAAUGGCACAAUAAUUUUGGCUCAACAGCCAUAGCCAUUAUUAUGGACUUUAUGACACGUAAUUCUGACUGCGCUCCUAGCGAUCUGGCAACGUCCCUUGUCCACGAUUGGAUCUUUGUAUAUGAGGACCCUGAUAGUCCAUCUCCUCUCACAGCUUACCGCUCUCCCUUCAUCUCACAACUGCUUGGCAGGGCACACUUCAACGUCAUCAAAGGGUAUGUGAAGGUUCCUGCCUUCGACAUGCAUGAGCUUGUGACGAGCGGGAUGCCACGGCUUCUUGCCCUCUCUACUGUAGUGAUCGAGCAUGCCCUUGUGUUGUUCAAAAACAAACAACUCAAGGUUCAGGAUGUUUUGUUGUCCGCAUCACGCAGUAAAGUGGCCAUCAAACUACCAAAGGUUCUCAACAAAUUGACGGAGAAAGAGACCAAUGAUCCAUUUUCAUUUUCGGUGACUCUCUGGUCCAAACCAACCAAGGGGUUUAUCAAGUUGAUUUUGAAUAAGCCUGCUGGGUAUGUGGAGGCCACCAUAGAAAUGGCAUGCAAAGUAAAUGGUGCCACUGAUACGCCGUCGAGUGACGAUGAGGAGUGGUACAAUGACGAGCGAGCUAUGAUUGGUGAGCAUGGACUGAAUCCUCUAGGCUUACUCUCACUGACAACCGGGCCCCUGCUGCAGGAUAUCAUUAUUGUGGCCAUAGACAUUCAAUUUGCGUCCGGUCCAGAACCAUGGUUCGAACCGGACUUUUGGUCCGGUUCUCCGCGGUUCGGUCCAUGGUUCUUGCGCCAGCUAGAACCGGACCGGAAAACGGUUCUCGGUUCUAGCUCUUCCCAAAUGGUCCAGUUCUGGUUCGGCCUUCCUGAACCAUUCCGAACCCUUAUCGACUUUGACUUCGACAACAUCUGCCUCGACAUCAGACUGUCGUCUUCGGGAUUCACGUUGUUGAUUAAUCAAGCUACAUUUAGCCUUUUUGAAGGAGGUUCUGUUCAUUGA